AUCAUGAAGGAAAGCAAGCAGAUGGGUUUUCUCCUUUUUAUUAUGUGGUUCAUCAAAUUUUGUUUGAUCGCUGAGCAAAGAGCAACACUUCCCUUCAUUGUUUAGCUCAUUCAUUAAAUCCAAGAUUUUAUAGUGAAAAAUGGCUUCAAGAGGGAGAAGGUAGAGUGCCUCCUCAUAUGGAUGGAGAAGUAUCAACUGAAAGAAUUAAAUGCUUUAGGAGGAUUUUUUCUAAUGAAGAUGAGCGAAUUAGAGCAAAUGAUGAAUUUGUAAAUUUUUCUUUGAAAAGUGGACCUUUUGCUGAUCCUGAUUCUAUUGGAAGUAUGUAUGUUACAGAUCCUAGGAAAUGGUGGGCAUGUUUUGGUUCUAAUGCACCUUUACUUCAAAGGUUGGCUUUUAAAGUGCUUGGACAACCUACUUCCUCCUCUUGUUGUGAAAGAAAUUGGAGUAUUUAUUCCUUCAUUCAUUCAUGUAGAAGGAAUAAAUUAACUCCAAAACGUGCAGAGGACUUGGUUUUUAUCCAUAAUAAUCUUCGUCUUCUGUCGAGAAACUCCUCCCAAUAUUAUGAUGAGAAGACAAAAUUGUGGGAUGUUGGUGGUGAUCAAUUUGGGAGUAUGGAAGAUGUGGGAGUUCUUGAAUUUGCCAACCUUUCAUUGGAUGAACCAGAGUUAGAGUCUGUUUUAUUUGAUGAAAAUGCAACUACAAGCAUGGAGAAGGAGAAAGACAGUGAAGUUGAGGAAAUGUCAUAAAUUUCAUUAUCUUUUCUUUUUUAACAUUUGAAUGUGUUGUAGUUAAUAUUUAUUUCUUAUAAGUAUGAAACUUCUAAAUAUGUAUUUUUAUGAUUGAAUUUAAAUGUUGAUUUGGACUUUAUUUAUUA